CUUGGAGCUGUGGAUCCCGGAAGAAUUGGUUCAUCUGGUAUAGGUUUGGACAACGAUCAAAAGAAAUUAGCUUUUGUGGAUGAUGCCAAGGAGUUCUACAUCGAUAUUUUGGAGCGAGCUUGGCGAGUUUACUCCAAUAUUCUCGAUGCGGAUGUCUUAGACCAGGUGGAAUACGCCUUACAAUCUCUUCUAUCGGAACUUGUUGGCAAAACAGAUGAGUAUGGUGUAAUGGAACGUUUGAGCGAAGAAUGCCGUAGGGAUAUUGAGCCAUUCCGCAGUAGCAGCCUCAUGCAAACGCAUGAUCGGAGAGGCCCUAUAAAAGAAAGGCCUAUAGUAGAUCACGCCACUAGUUACGAGGAAUGGCUUAUACAGUGCUUUAUUAUUGGCGUUUCGAAGGUCCGUCAACAUCCAGAGAAGGAGCUUUUCAAAGCUCUAAAGUGGAUCGUCUUUGCAAAGGAUGCAGUGUUUACGCGCCAUGUGCUUCCGCAACUUAUCAUCCGUCUAAUUUUAGAAAACAACGAAACCAUGAUCGAGGAGGUUGACUACACACCUUUUCUCUUAACAAAGAAUGUGUAA